AUGUGGUCCCGGUUUGACGGCCUCGGUUAUGACGAGCUCGAACAUGGGGCGUUGCCUCCCGAAACUGUGCAAACGUUUACGUUGGCUGCGUUCGUGGCCCUUCGAGUGAUCGAGCACCUUGUGGACGAAUUUCAAAACAGCCGCCGCCACCAGAACCUCCAUAGGGGAAUCUUCCCCCUGGCCGCAUGUCGCCAUCACUUGGCCCAGCUGUGGACUUCCACGCCCGUCAAAGACCACCACAAGCUGCUUCAUCGGGACUCUGUCACAUGUGUGCAGCGUGUGCUAAGUCGUCGGUUCGUGUCGGACACUGCAUCGACUAUUCGGGUGGCGGUCCGUCACUUGCUCGCGACUUUGCCCGAAAACGACAUUGCCGUGCAUGAUGCUGCGUACGUGGCAGAUAAUCUGUUUACGUCGACGCUCCUUUCAUGUGGCACCGCGGUGGACUGGGUGGGACGGGAGCUCGGUAAGGCGUUGGUGCAGAUAUCUGUAGUCGUUGCUAUCUCGGUCGACGUGACUAUCGAUACGAUUCAAGCGGCCGCUAUAUCCGCCGACGAUAGGCAAUCAGGGGCGACGGGAAAGAAGAAGAAACGAAGAGAUAAGAAGCCAAUGGGCACUGAAAUGUGCACAUCCACACCACAAACAGCCGUGGCAAAAGCGUGCGUGCAACAAGUUUGGCCCCAUGCACUCGUUCUCGUGUUUGGGUCGUUUGCGACAGGGUUGGAAGGUCCACAGUCCGACGUAGACGGGUCUGUGAUUGGCAGCGUUGAAAUGUCGACGUGGAUCGCGCCGGCGUCAUCGUCGGAGCGUUUCGUCUCAGAGGAGUGUAUUCUCCACGACGUGAAGCAAAUUUACCCACAUCAUGCCUUGCAGCACCUGCGCCAGCCGACCAACUGGAGGGGCAUCGAGACCAGUGUGUACGUGCAGAAGCUGGUGCACUCGUUCCCAGAGCUCACCCCCCUCGUGCUCGUCGUAAAGCAGUUUUUACACCAUCAUCACCUCCACAAUGGCUUCUCGGAUGGGUUAACGUCCUACCGCCUCACGCUCAUGGUGGCAAGUUUGCUGCAAGAUGACUACCAUAGUCACCGGCACGACGGCGAACACCAUGAGUCUCACCUCGGCGACCUUCUGAUGCGUUUUAUGCAUGUGUUUGGCAGCGCCUUGGACCCCCACAGAUCGUUUCCCGAUACUUGGGACAAAUCCACAAAAUGGACCGAAGGAGGACUAGUCGUUCAAGAUCCGCUGAGGCCAGACUUGAACGCAGCGAAAUCUUGCUUUGCAUUUGGCCGAGUUCAAGCAGCUCUGCCAUGGGGGCUUUGUCAGAUCCACAUCGUGUCCAGUUAUGACGUGGCGUGGCCCCAUCAAUUCGAGCUCGGUUGCUUAUUUAACACCACCCACCACGACUACGUGGUCAACAUACUGCGGCAGCAAUGGAGUCCGCACAGUUCGUUGCAACAUCAUGACAGACAAGGCGACAUCAGCGUCGAAUGCACCCAUAAACCCUGGGCAAACGAUGUCAUGGCUCUGUUACAGGUCCUCGGAGCUUCUGUUUGUGUGAUGUGCGGCGGCUGCAACAAUAUGCAUGUGCCACAGUGCCAUCUCCACGACCUACUCACGCGAUAUUUGGAGCUGUAG